UCUGCGGGCGGCGAUCUUCUCUUCAUUCCGGAGCGGUCUGCGGCUCGGUCACCAUGUCCCUGGUGUCCUCGGCGGGCCGGGGCCCGGGGGCCGUGUGGUCCCCAACCCAUGUGCAGGUGACGGUGCUGCAGGCGCGGGGUCUGCGGGCCAAGGGGCCGGGGGGCACGAGCGACGCGUACGCGGUGAUCCAGGUGGGCAAGGAGAAGUACGCCACGUCGGUGUCGGAGCGCAGCCUGGGCGCGCCCGUGUGGCGCGAGGAGGCCACCUUCGAGCUGCCGCCGCUGAUGUCCGCCGGGCCCGCGGCCGCCGCCACCCUGCAGCUCACCGUGCUGCACCGCGCGCUGCUCGGCCUCGACAAGUUCCUCGGCCGCGCAGAGGUGGACCUGCGGGAGCUGCACCGCGACCAGGGCCGCAGGAAGACGCAGUGGUAUACCUUGAAGUCCAAACUGGGAAAGAAGGAAAAAGAACGAGGCGAAAUCGAGGUUGACAUCCAGUUUAUGAGAAACAACUUAACUGCCAGCAUGUUCGACCUUUCCAUGAAAGACAAGCCACAGAAUCCAUUUGGAAAACUGAAGAACAAGAUCAAGGGGAAGAACAAGGAUAGCGUCUCCGAUUCUGCGUCAGCCAUCGUCCCCAGCAUGACACCCUCAGCCGACAGUGACGACGAGUCUUCCUCAAAAGACAAGAAAAAGAAAUCGAAGAUCAAGACCUUGUUUUCCAAGUCUAAUUUGCAGAAAACUCCACUUUCCCAGUCCAUGUUUGUCCUGCCUACUUCAAAGUCAGACAAAGUGCUGCUUCGUCCUGGUGACUUUCAGUCCCGGUGGGGAGAUGAUGACAAUGAGGACGAGUCGUCUUCUGCCUCCGAUGUCAUGUCUCACAAAAGAACAGCAAGUGCAGAUCCCAAGCAGCUGACCCAGAUCAACGUCAGCCCUCCCAAGAAGGAAGGACUCUCCUUUCUCGGCGGCCUUCGUUCCAAGAAUGACAUAGUUUCCCACUCAAACGUCUGCAUCAACGGGAACCAUGUUUACCUGGAACAGUCAGAAGCCAAAAGUGAGACCAAAGACAGUACCCCCUCAUCCUCCCCUUCCCCCCAGGGCUUCAGGAAGAAGCAUUUGUUCUCUUCCACCGAAAACCUGGCCCCGCGGUCUUGGAAGGAGCCCGGGGAAGCUGACAGGCAGCUCUCUGCGUCUUCCACAAAAGACUCCGUGAAAACCAUGUCUCUGCCAUCAUACCGGCCACCAGGCAGCGGGGACAUAAGGGAGAGCACAGCGCCGGCAAAUUCGGAGGCUGCCAAAGAAACCAAAGAGAGCAAGAAGCCAGAGAACAAGAAGUCCUCUCUGCUUUCUCUGGUGACGGGAAAGAAGGAUGUGGCUAAGGGCGGCGAAGGAGAAAGCCUCCCUACCAUCCCGGGGAAGGUGAAGGCAGGCAUACUCACGGGCAUCAAGUCAAAGGAGGAUGGGUCAAGGCCUACUGAAGAUCUUAUGAAACCAUCUGAGAAAGAUGCUAGGGCCAUUGCCUCUGGACGGGGUAAAUCCCUGAACCCCUUUGAGGAAGGGCAGAUGGCAGAACCGGAAGCUGACCCAGAAUCCAAGUCUGAACCUAAACCCCCCGUGACCUCUGCAUGGGCUCCCCAGACCAAAGCCGUCAAACCUCGACUGGAAGUGUCUCCAGAGGCUCAACCCAAAGCCAGGCUUCCUUCUUCCCCAGACUCCCUGCUCUUUUUUCCUGCUGUCCCUUCCAGUCCUGGUCAGACACCUCUUCCUUCUGAAUCAGGGCAUGAUUCAGAGACACAGUCCUCUGAGAGCCCUUCUGUCUUCUGCUCUCUGUCUUCUCCCAUAGUGGCUCCCAUUUCCACGUCUACUCCUAUUGAAAACUGGCCCUCCACAGACAAGGGCCGGGCCGGUUCUGAAGAGCUGUCUAUGCUUCUUAAGGCAGAGUCACAAAAGGAGAGUUUAACACAAGUUCCAGAUACAGUUUCCUCUGCCUCAGGAUCACUUUCCAAAGAGCCAUCCAUCCCAGUGUAUAAAGGAAUGGAAGAUUCUCCAAGGGGGAAGGUCAGUGAGGUAGACAUAGAGAAUAUCGGCCUUAAGGACUCAGAAAAAUCUCUCCUGGAAAAAUCUGAAAUGGAGCAACAAGGAGAGGAGCUUUUGAGGUUUUCCCAAACAAAACAGCAAGAUGACAUCCCUUCAUCUGAAGAGGCCCAAGAGAUACCACUGGCCCUUUCUGUCAGAAGUGGUGGAAUUGAAAGUGCAGCUGGGAAGCCUUGUAAGGAGGAGAGUGCAGGCUUUGAGGCUCAGUCUAGAUCUUUUGAGAAGAACAAACUUAGGGAUGGUGGAGUGACAUCUGCAGUUGAAGAAGCGGUGCCCCCUCCUAAAACAGGAGACCCGCUGCUCCCUCUUGAGUCCAUGACGCAGCAACAUGAAGAGCCGGCUCUGAACAUUGGUGAAGGCCGGGAGAAAGUCAAGAAGCGAGUAUCAUUUUCUGAGCAGCUCUUUACAGAAGAAGAGGUGGAAGAGUCCACUGGAUUGGUAGAAGAGGACAAAAGGAAUCCCCAGGAGCCGAGUGAGCCUCCAGAGUCAUCUCACACACAGGCCCCGGCUAGGGAAGCCGCGACUGAACCUGGGCCGUCUCACGAGGAGCCCCUUUUCCCAGAAGGCCCCGUGAAGGAAAUAAGCUCAGGGAGAGACACUCCACUCUUUAAGACCGAGGAUGACGACUCCCUUAUGGAGCAAUAUCAGAGCAAAGCCAGCGAUCACGAAGGUUUAUUGUCUGAUCCCCUGUGUGACCUUCAGUCCGCUCCGGAUGUUAAAUCUCCAGUCCUGGCUGAUCUGAGCUUAACCCUUCCUUCCAUUCCGGAGGUCACGUCAGAUGACGAGAGAGUAGAGCAGGUGGAAGAUGUCAGAGAGGCGGCAAAGGCAAUUCUGGAAGCAGGAGCUUUGUCCUUGAGCAUGUUACCUCCCUGUGCAGAGAAGGAAAAGGCACCGAGGGGCAUGGCACAUGGUUCUGCAGCUCCUGCAGGCAGCCUGCAUGACUUCAGAUUGAAAGCACCCGAAGCAUCUGCUACAGUUUCUGCAGAGCCGGCUGCAGCUCCAGGAAUUCAUAAACCGCAUCUUGGCAAGAGCUUGGGCUUGGAUGAACAGUUGCCAAGCCCUGGAGGCAGCGAGGGAGAAAAACUACAGGGAGGUGGGAGGCCACGGCAGCCUUCUGACAUGUCCUUAGACCCUCCUGAACCCAGCUCCUUCCUUUCUGAGUCCUUUCCUGCCACAUGCUCUUUCCCUAGUUGUCCACAUUCUGACACUCACCAGACAAGUAGAGCAGAAUCUCAAAAAAAAGCAACAGAAGAGGGCUCUGCUGGUAAAGUUGGAAAUUCUGGCAAGAGGAAGCCGCUUCUUCAGGCCUGGGUCGCACCCUCAGAGACACAUCCAGUGUCAGCUCAGCCGAGCGCUGGAAGUGGGUCAGCCAAGCACAGACCUCAUCCUGUGAAGCCGAUGAACACCACAGCCACCAAGGUUGCUAACUCCAGUUUGGGAACUGCCACCAUCAUCAGCGAGAACUUGAUCAGUGAAGCCAUAAUGAAGAAAUACAGCCCCUCAGACCCUGCUUUUGCUUAUGCACAGCUGACCCAUGACGAGCUUAUCCAGCUUGUCCUCAAGCAGAAGGAAACGAUAAGCAAGAAGGAGUUCCAGGUUCGAGAGCUGGAAGACUACAUUGACAAUCUGCUCGUCAGGGUCAUGGAAGAAACCCCCAACAUCCUCCGCAUUUCGGCUCAGGUCGGCAAAAAGGCAGGGAAGAUGUGACUCGCCAGAGCUGAACACUGACGCUGUUUUGUGAGUUUGUUUCCUCCUGCUCAUGAGGUCGAGGACCUGGUGUACCUGAUAACCAGCAAAUAGCCUCCAAAUCACCAUCUCCCUCUCCUGUUCAUCUGGCAAGGGUCGGUUCUACCAGUUGCUGCCAGGUUAAUACAAUGAAUCUUGUACUGUCCGUUCCCAGGGUUUUGUUUUUAAAUGCCACUGUGCCUUUAACUAUGUUGUAAAUGUUUUAUGCCCACCAGAGACAUGGUCAUAAGAUCUGAUCCUGGGCCAGAGAGUCAGGUGGCACAGGAGGUUUUAACGUAUUUUAACUCCAGGGUUUUCUUUCUGUGAUGUUGAGAUUUUACAGUACAUGAAACAAGAAGAACUGUGCACUUGGUGCUGAGUGACACAUCCUUUCUUGGCCUUUGUGAAGUUCAUGUGUGGCUUCUUGGCUGCAGAUACUCAGUUUUGAUAUCAUGUAAAUCUACUUGGCUCUUGGUUUUUGUUUUUAUUUUUGUUUUUUUUAUUGUAGCAGGAGAGCUUAGGGAAAGCCUCUGAGUGUGCCUUUUAGAUUUUGAACCAGCUGCGUUUUCUAAAAAUCAGCUUUUUUCACUACUCCCCAGCCUUAAAAUAUGCUCUGUAUAGGUCCAAAAGGGCCCUUCUAGUGGAGAUAAUGAAAAGUCGAAUUGGUGAAUAGAUAAUUGCUUUUCACUCACUGGAGAAGUUGGCCAAAGUCCCUCUUUUCAUGGUAACAGGAUUCCUGCUGACCAGAAUGGCCUGUUCAAGUGCCUUGAUAAGGGGUUGGGUCAUCUGGGCACUUGGGCAAAACGGUUCCACCAAGUGUGGAAUCAUUCUGGCAGGAUUCUUUGGCCACGUCCCCUGUGCCUUUGCUUGUUUCCCUGGGUUCCUUGGCAGUGUUUCCUGAAGGGGGGCAGGGCCCACCAGCUCCUCCCACACGAAGAAGCCCCUUGGUUGUAUACGCCAUGGGGAAUCCCAGGGCCGGACCCUGAAGGGCUGAUCUAGGGCCCUCUGACUGUCCUCUGAAUAUUCCAGCCCUUGCCCCAAAGGAAACCCAGAAGUUCUAGUGAGGGGCUUACUCUGGCUAAUAAAAUUGAAAAGCUGGUAAAAACAAAUGCCUUGGCAGGUAAACCGUUGCUACUUUUUCAUUUUUCUUCAUGAACAGACUCACAGGCAUCUUAAUCCCUUGUUGUAAAAUUGUGACAAGAAGAUGAUACUUCUUUCCAAAUUGCUGUAUUUGUUUUAAAACAAAAUCAGUACCCAUAUUUUUAAAACUAGGACACUUGCCCCCUUCUUAAGUUCAGCUUUGGUCCAGGGUCUUAGGUAACUUCGUUGUUAGUGACCUAAUCUUGGAAUGAGCGUGUUUUAGUCUUGCUCAUAUUUUCUCCUGUUUAUGAUAGAAUCUCAUCAGAUCUUGUCAUCUCUCCUGGGAGAAGAAUGUCACAGACCAAUGGGUUGGGCAGGGGCUGAGAUGGUUAUUAAAUUGGGAAGUCUUUUCUAGUUAUGGUUAUGGUUAUGUUGAGGUUAAGAGGCAAGACGAUUGGCAGUGAAAUCUCUUUUCAGCAUCACUUUUGCUACAACGUUGAUUAUGUCAGAGCACUUUAAUCUGAAGGAUAGUAUUGUAACUUGAUUUAUCUAAUUAGCCUUUAAUUAUCUACAGCUAUUUUAUUUAAUUCUCUCCUACAAUACUGGGACCAUUGUAAACUUCUCAGAUGACUGGUAUUUUUGUAGUGCUAUGAAAUAUAUUUGCACACUUAUAAAGAAAACUGUAUAUUCACUUGAACUCUGAAAAUGUACAUGUAUAUAUUUGUUCCCUAUUAUAUUUUAUACUUGAUAUAAAUGCAUUCUUACUGUGAUAACCCAAGUGUGCUAGGGGGCAGGUGUACUCGGAAGGGUUCUGGGCCUUGAAGAGCUGGUGUGGGGACCUGCGUUGUUUGUGAGAGGUGAUUGGUUUGGAGCCCUCUCUGCUAGGGCCUCAGGUGUGUAACCUGAUCGGUGUCUGAGAGGGACAUCUCUGGGUGGAGGAGAGGAUCCUUGUCCUCUGAAAUGCCACUUGGGAACUCUGGAGAAUGAAGGACAAUUUACUUCCAGUGUCUUUGGCUCCUACUACUACUGGGGAAAACUUCAGUUUAUAGCCUUCCUGCACCUCCUUAAGUAGAAAACCUGGAGGUCACUCAGUUAAUAACUAUCCUUCAGGACUUGACUUUGGGAAAGAAUUUAUCCAGGAAAAGCUGUAGUCUGCUCUGAGACAUGAGCAGAAGUUGGGGGUUGGGAACACUGGAGCAUCUCUGGCUGGCUUUUGUCUAAGGACCCAAAUCCAUCUGCACAAGGAGAGCUAGGACCUGCCUCCAGCUGCUUCAAAUACCAGCCUAACUGAUGGGCCCUGGGAAGCUCAUGCUCUGUAGAAGCAGGGGCAGCUUUUUCCCUUGGCCUUGCCUGGAGAAUUCCAGAAAGAGCAGUCGGUACUGUAGGGGAAACAUCAGGUUAAAUGCCAAACACAUUAUAGAGAAGUUCCACUCAAGGUCAGCUUCUGGAAACAAAGUCAGUCCUUUGCCUCGAUUGUUUUAUAGCAUCUCAUUUCUUGGACUUUGACAGGUGUUUUUCCCUCCUCUUUUAUUCCAGUAUGUCAGCCUCAUCAGGGAUGCAGAAUGAGGGAGAAGGAAAGUCCACCCUUUGCCAGGCUAAACAGCUUUUGACACCUGGUGGAGGUGUGUGCGUGAAUAGGGUAAAGGUGUGUGAUUUCCAGCUUUGCUGACGGUGAAGCUCAAAAGGGCAUAGAGAGAGGAAAGUCCACAACAGCCACAUGCUGCAUCAAAGGCCAGAGGCAGCUUAAUGUUAAAUUCUGUGGGAUCUUCUCUCCCUUGGCCCCCUCUUCCAAUCAACCUUUUUUUCUUUUUCAGAACUAUUAACUAACGAUCCCGUGAGGCAGAAAGAUUAAUUACCUUAAUUGCCUUAGGUGGCAAACUUCACCUCCUGGUAUCCACACCAACCCCAACACUGGUUUCCUGGUAUCUGCUGAGCAAGCUGCUAAAUUGACACCUUUUCCCCACCCCCCAUCCCCCAUUGAGGGGUCACCCAGCGUUUCUGGAUUAUAAAAUUACUAUUUCCUGCUCUGUUACUUUGGGAACUUUGAAUUUCUUUGGUUUUGUUUUUAAGGAAUAACUUAAAAUUUCCUAGAACACUAAAUAAAAGACUACCUUUCAAA